AUGGAAGCUCAAUUUGCAGUCUUGCAACAAUCCAUUAUCACCACUUUAUCAGCCAAGAUCGAUUCCGCUCACGUGGAGAGCAUGUCGGCCAUUUCCUCCUUGAGGGAGGAGGUUAGGGAGGAAAUGACUAACUUAAAAGUGUUAGUCGACGAAAAAGAUAAGCAAAUUAAAGCUCUAACGGAGGAGUUAGAGAAGUGCAACAAGGCCCUGCGAAAAAAAAAUAUAAAAAUAAGAGGACUUAAAAUAAAUGAUGGCGUUCUAGAGGCUGUUGAGAAUUUUUUACAAUCGGAGUUUCAGCUCAAUGACGUUGUUGACGCUGCCUAUGUAUUGGCCAGCAGGGGCGUCUACAUCGACUCGGAUUUGACGGAGAGGGAAAGGAAGAUCGACUUUCACGCAAGGGAGCUGAUUCGACGUGCCAAGGUGGACAACAAGAAAGUGCUGCGUAAAUUCCAGAGGGUGCGAGUCUCGGAGGAGUGGUUUGGAUGGUCUGAAGCACACAAUUCCUUUAUCAAAGAAACUGAGCAACGAUCGUCAAAUGUUAUUCAGCCGACUGUGAUCAACACUGCUAUGGACUUUUCAAAAAACGAGGCUGACCUCGCACCCAGCUACGUGGGUGCCGGGUCUUUCGGUUUUGACUCAUCUAGCUGUGACAAUGAUAUCGAGGCGUCAGUUCACUGUUGUGACCCAUCAGCAACAGCUACUGUGGUGGGCCCUUCGCACGGCGAACUUCGCCUGAUCUUCUGGAAUAUCCACGGCCCUCAGAAUUUGUCGGUGGAGCGGACGCACGCUAGUAAUACCAUUACAAACUUUUCCGAGACCUGGCUUGCGUCGUCUCCUGCCUCGACUUCAUCUCUUCAGGACAUGGCAGCCUUCGUCUCACCAGCCUCGCGUGAUGCUUCAAUGGGCAGAUGCAGCGGCGGUCUGCUUUCUUAUGUACCGUUAGCCGGAUCGCCGAGUGCGAUUGAGGUCUCCUCCCAUUGGAUUUUCUUGAUGAUUGAGACCUUGCCAGUUUCUUUAAUACAGGGUUCAUUUUAUUUCCUACCCACUUGUAAUUUUACAGAGCACCUUCUUAAUUUGCAAGCUGUUUUAGAUUCGAUUAUAGAUAGAUUUCCAAAUAGUGUAAUAGUAUUGGGAGGAGACUUUAAUGCCUGGACCGGUGAACUUGAUCUUGAAUGUAACUGUGAGGGUAUUUUUGAGAAUUCGCUGCUGUAUUCAGCUAGGACUGCGUGCGACCCGCGGUCAAAUGUAAGGGGUAAACAAUUGUACGAAUUUAUGUUUGAGAAUCAGUUUGUGCUGUUGAAUGGGCGUUCGCUUGGCGACUCUCUGGCGCAUUACACUUAUAUAACAGCGAGGGGCCGCAGCACGGUGGAUCUGGUCUGGAUCUCCGCUAAUCACUUGCAUUUUGUUAAUGACUUUUCUUCCAGCCAGGACAGCGGAGGAUCAGACCAUCUGCCCGUGGCUGUCUCGCUAGCUUUGUUUUUUAAAUCUGCCCCACCCAUCCCUCUCUGCCGACAACAGAAUACCGGUAUUAGAUAUAGAUCAUUGUGGUCGGCAGUGGGUGCCCAAAGGCUGGAGGGUCGAAUGCGUGCGACGAGUCCGUAUGACUUGUGCUGCGGGAGUGAUCUGCGAACUGUCUCACUGGCUGACUUUUCUUCACGUUUUCGGGACUGGCUUGUGCAGGACGACCUAAUUGGAGUGUCCGUUGGUAACGGGCGCAAUAAUGGCUGCAUGUCUUUUAAACCGCGCUGGUAUGAUGCUUCCUGUCAUGUGGCCCGUAAAAAGCUAAAUAGAGCCCUGUACCUACUGCGCAAGAAUAAUUAUGUGAAAUCUUUUUUAAGCGAUUAUUUAGAGAACAAAAAAAACUUUAAGCACACAACCACCCUGGCAAAGAAAGCUUAUGUAACCGGUGUUGUUGAGUCAUUUGCGAGGGUAAAGGAUGCCAGGGGGUUUUGGGCAGUGGUUAGAAAGUAUAGGAUCUCCCCUGCUGGUGUCUCUCAGGUUUCUCUUCAGGCGUGGAGUGAUUAUUUAUUGGCGCUUUACCCGCCGAGAUGUAAUUCGACUCUGCUUUUUUGCGGGACAUAUGAUCAGGAAUUAGAUGGACAGAUCACGCCUCAAGGGCUGCGGGAGAGCAUGAAAAGACUAAAACCGGGCAAAGCCAUGGGCCCGGAUAGUAUCCCGGCCGAGGCACUAAAACUAUUCUCGGGAGAGUGGUUCAACUUUUUGCUGGAUUUUUUCAAUGUGAUUUUAGAAUCGCAACUGCCCCCUCAAGGUUGGAUGCAGUCCAGUCUCUUUAUGCUCUUCAAAAAAGGGGAUAGGGCUAAUGUAAAAAAUUACCGGGCAAUCGCGGUUACCAAUGCGAUGACGAAAUUGUUUAUGCAGAUUUUUGUGGUGAGACUUGAGAGUUGGGUGCGGAGUCGAGAUGUUCUUCCGGAGGAGCAGGCUAGGUUUCGAAGGGGCCGUCCUGCGGAGGACAAUAUAUUCGCCCUCACGGCGGCUAUUCAGAUCCAGACUAGAAAAAAGGGCUCCAAAUGCUUUAUACUUUUUGUAGACUUCCGCAGGGCGUUCGACUUUGUUCCCCACGACAAGCUGUGGAUGAAGCUUCAUAGUCUGGGGGUGAGCGCGAGACUGAUUGGGCUGCGCAAGGCGUUUUACAACUCCGCAAAGUCUUUUAUUUCUUGUCCCGGUGGGACAACCGAUCAGGUGACGGAGGGCGUCCUGCAGGGAGAGGUCUUGAGCCCCCUGCUCUUUAUUCUAUAUAUUUCGAACAUAAUUAAAUUUUUCGGGGAUAAAGGUCUGAUCGAUUACACCUUAACUAAGGAUUUAAUGAUGUUACUCUAUGCUGACAAUCUCGCAAUUUUCGCCUAUUCAUCUGCUGAUUUGGAGGCUAAGUUAAAGGUUCUGGCUUUGUACUGUUCAAAUAAUGACUUAACAGUAAACAGUUUAAAAACUAAAAUAGUUGCCUGUAGGAAGGGCGGUCCCUUGGACGUCUCUUCAAGAAACUUUUAUUACGAGAAUCAGCAGAUCGAAGUGGUAUCAACCUACCCUUAUCUUGGUACGGUUGUGUCGUCGUCGGUGAAGGGUUUGAGGGCUGCGGAGGCUGCCAUGGCUAGGACUCGCCAAGCCACUGCCUCUAUUCUGUCCAUAAUGGCAACAUCGAGAUGCGACUCGUGUGAAGCAGCCUUGAAAUUAUAA